CGAACGGAGACCGGCUAACCGGAUUUCACAUUAAUUAUAGAGAUCCCUAUAUAUCAAAUCCCCCGCAUCGCAUGGGUAGAUCUAGGCGAAGUUGGAGAAGCGGAGCCAUUAAUAGGGAUCAUAACGACUUUAGCCUUCGCUAUAUUCUCCACAGCUCGGGGUAUUGUUUACCUCGAAGUUUUUUGACUCCGGUUGCGUGCCCGGCUCAAAAUGGAUACGAUACCCGUACCUCAAAACAGGCGGUAUCGCCCUCGAGAUGUCAGCAUACGCUUCCACAGGCUUACAUCCGCCGGCUUCAUCGUACCUUAGCGGGAGAGCCCCAUCACAUUGGGAACAAUGUUGUUUCAAGCCUUAUUCGUCUCCUUGCUCUGCCUAUUAUGGCAUGGGCAAGGAUUAAAGAUACCCCCGCGGGAUUUGAACUCGGCUGUUGAACCAAGGGAUUCGUUGGAGGGAUUGGUAACAUGGGAUAAAUAUUCCAUGACUAUUCGAGGAGAACGCUUGUUCAUAUUCUCUGGAGAGUUCCAUCCCUGGCGUCUGCCCAGUCCAGGCCUAUGGCUCGACAUUUUCCAAAAGAUCAAGGCCCUAGGAUUCAACGCGGUAUCAUUCUAUACAUAUUGGGGUCUUGUGGAAGGCACACAAGGAAAAGUACGCUUCGAUGGUGUCUUCGCCCUCGACGAAUUCUUCAAGGCUGCUGCGGAAGCCGGCAUUUACCUGAUCGCCCGACCCGGGCCCUACAUCAAUGCAGAAACAGCCUUUGGUGGUUAUCCGGGCUGGACCGCCCGGAUCAAAGCGCCUCUUCGUGGAGAUGACCCGGAAUUCGUUAACACGACCGAGCUCUACGCCUCUGUGGUGGGAAAAUUGAUUGCCGACGCUCAAAUCACGAAGGGUGGGCCAGUGAUAAUGCUACAACCUGAGAACGAAUAUGAUACAUGGCCAGACAUUAUUAAUUCUAAUUUCCCGGCCCAAGUAAAUGGCAACUAUAUGGAGCAUGUUAAACAGCAGUUUAAAAACGCCGGUAUCGUAGUACCACAAAUGGUGAACGAUCAUCUAUAUCAAGGAAAUUGGGCGCCUGGGAGCGGGUUGGGCGAGACGGAAAUUUACGGAAUUGAUGCCUACCCCCUGAGAUACGAUUGCGCACAUCCAGACGUUUGGCCCAAGAUUAGAUGGCCCGAAAACUGGCAGAAUCUACAUGAGCAGUAUAGUCCCAACACUCCCUUUUUCGUGGCCGAAUUUCAAGGAGGAUCUGGUACUGGAUUCGGUAGCGUCAACGCAGACGCUUGUAACGCGCUCGUAAAUGAGGAAUCAGUGCGUGUCCUAUGGAAGAACAAUUACGGCUUUGGUAUUAAGCUCUUCAAUGUUUAUAUGACAUAUGGCGGGACAAAUUGGGGAAAUUUGGGGUAUAAAGGUGGUGAUACUUCGUACGACUAUGGCGCAGCGAUCAAGGAAAACCGACACAUUUGGAGGGAGAAAUAUUCGGAAGAAAAGCUUCAGGCUAAUUUCUUCAAAGUGUCUCCUGCCUACCUAACUGCUGUCGCAGGAAAUUCUUCGAAUGGAUCAUAUGUCUCGACAGAUCAAAUCGCUACCACACCAGUAUUCGGGACUAAAUCACGAACCAACUUCUAUAUCGUUCGCCACGCAGAUUGGACCUCAACAGAUACAACUAAGUAUAAGUUGAUUGUUCCCACGAGCGCUGGAAACUUAUCGAUACCACAGCUUGGUGGAGAUCUAGUACUAUCACGUAGAGAUUCUAAGGUCCAUGUUACUGAUUAUGAUGUGGGUGGAAUCAAUUUGGUUUACAGCACCGCAGAGAUAUUUACGUGGGCUAAAGACGCAUCGGGAAAGAAGACGCUGAUACUCUAUGGCGGUGCUGCAGAAGUUCAUGAAUUCGCCUUUGACCUCAAAAACUCGACAGCAUCUGCCCAGAUAAGUCCAGAUGACACUAAGGUGAAAACCAAGAAGAUACGCUCAAACAUUUUGGUUACCCAAUGGGAGGUGUCACCGGAUAGGAAGAUCCUAAAACUUGGGGAUGACCUCGAGGUCAUUUUAUUAUGGCGCAACGAUGCGUAUAAUUAUUGGGUAACAGAACUACCAGCAGCGGCGCCAAUUGGGAAUUAUUCCUCUCCAUCGAAAUCCACCGUCAUCGUAAAAGGUCCUUAUCUAGUCCGCACAGCAGCUAUAGACGGGGAAAUACUCCGGCUCACCGGCGACAUUAACAGCACGACGGACAUCGAGCUCAUCUACGAACCUACUGGUAAAGUUCACACCUUGGUUUUCAAUGGAAAAGCCUUGGAUGCGGAGCAAAAUAAAGACGGCAAACUUGCGGCACGAUUGGACUUCCAACCCCCCGAGAUAGCAUACCCCGACUUUGCCUCCUUGGAAUUUGGAUAUAUCGAUUCUCUUCCCGAGCUUCAAAGCGAUUACGACGACUCGGCGUGGCCCGUAGGCGCUAACCCCACGACCAAUAACCCUCAAGCACUACUCACGCCCACCUCCCUUUAUGCAAGUGACUACGGCUUCCACAGCGGAUCCUUGAUAUAUCGCGGGCACUUUACGGCGAAUGGCAACGAAUCGAUACUCUUCCUAAACCUUACAGGCGGCAAUGGCUUCGGCUAUUCGCUUUGGGUCAACGACACAUACAUCUCCUCGUGGGAUGGAACGGGCGGCGGAUCCACGCAUAACGACACCAUCUCAUUGACGUCGCAUACUUUCGAAGCCGGACAGCCCUACGUCCUGACAUUGCUGAUGGACCAUAUGGGACAAGAUGAGGAAGCGCCGGGAACGGAUCUGAUCAAGGCGCCAAUGGGAAUCAUCAACUUCGAUCUCGCAGGACAUGCGCAAUCGGACGUAACGUGGAAGUUGACCGGUAAUCUCGGCGGCGAAGCGUAUCGCGACCUUGCGCGUGGCCCACGCAAUGAAGGCGCGCUCUUUGCUGAGCGCCAGGGCUACCACCAGCCGUCGCCUCCGGAUCAGGAAUGGACGAUUAUGAAUCCGAUUUCAAUUGACAUACAUGGUCCGGGGGUGAGCUUCCUAACGACGAAAUUCACGCUCGACGUUCCGCCGGGAUACGAUGUGCCUAUGAGCUUCGUGUUCAAGAAUACUACGGCGGGCGCGAACCAUCGGGUCCAGCUAUUCGUUAAUGGAUGGCAAUUCGGCAAGUACGUCGCAAAUCUAGGACCGCAGACGGUGUUCCCGGUACCCGAGGGUAUCCUUAAUCAUAACGGUGAGAAUACGUUCGCGCUUACAAUCUGGUCGCUCGAUAAGAAGAGAUUUCGAUUCGAUGGCUUGACGCUCGAGGCUGAGAUGCCGCUAUGGUCGGGGUACAGGAAGCCAUGGCAAGCUCCGCAACCAGCGUGGCAGGAGCGCGAGGGGGCGUAUUAGGGGGGCGUUCGUUUAGGGGCUCGCGAGCGUUGCGUAUACGAAAAGGCGGAUCGUUGGAAAAUUCGGUAUAUUGAUCAUUGGCUCGAGAUCGCGGGGAAAACUAGGCA